UUACGCUUCAAACUCUCAAGAGAACCCAAAUCGAUCUGAAAAUUUUCCUAUCCCUCCUCCUCCUUCCGUCUUCUCUCUCAGAUCCAGGCCCCGGUCGGAAGCUACGCUUGAUUUCUUCUGGCCCUGCUUGACGAUAUUACUCAGGUUUUUUUUGCAGACUCAUUAAGUAUAGAAAAUGACUAUCCGGACACCUGGAACACCAGCUUCAAAAAUAGAUAGGACACCAGCAUCGACCCCUGGAGGGCCACGAGCUAAGGAGGAGAAGAUUGUGGUGACAGUAAGGGUAAGGCCUUUAAACAAAAAGGAGCAACUGGCUAGAGAUCAAGUGGCAUGGGAUUGCAUUGAUGAUCAUACAAUCGUGCAUAAACCAGCAGCACAUGAACGUGUAGCUCAACCGGCCUCGUUUACUUUUGAUAAGGUUUUUGGUCCUCCUUGUUUGACUGAAACUGUGUACGAGGAAGGAGUAAAGAAUGUUGCAUUGUCUGCCUUGAUGGGCAUUAAUGCAACUAUUUUUGCUUAUGGACAAACUAGCAGUGGAAAGACAUACACAAUGAGGGGAAUAACAGAGAAGGCUGUCAAUGAUAUUUAUAAUCAUAUAAUGAACACCCCAGAGAGAGAUUUUACCAUAAAAAUAUCAGGACUAGAAAUAUACAAUGAGAACGUUAGGGACCUGUUAAAUUCAGAAUCUGGUCGCAACCUGAAGCUGCUAGAUGAUCCUGAGAAAGGUACCGUGGUUGAGAAGUUGGUGGAAGAAACGGCAAAUGAUGACAAGCAUUUGAGACACCUGAUCUCAAUCUGUGAAGCUCAGAGGCAGGUUGGUGAAACUGCUCUCAAUGAUACUAGCUCUCGAUCCCACCAAAUAAUAAGGCUGACAAUUCAGAGUACAUUGCGUGAAAAUUCAGACUGUGUGAAAUCUUUUGUUGCGACCCUGAACUUUGUUGAUCUGGCUGGAAGUGAAAGGGCUGCCCAGACACAUGCAGAUGGCACUAGGCUCAGAGAAGGUUGCCAUAUUAACCUUAGCUUGAUGACUCUUACAACUGUCAUCAGAAAGCUCAGUGUUGGAAAAAGAAGUGGUCACAUACCUUAUAGAGAUUCAAAGCUCACGCGCAUAUUGCAACAUUCCCUUGGGGGGAACGCACGCACUGCUAUCAUAUGUACUUUGAGUCCGGCACUAAGUCAUGUAGAACAAUCGCGAAACACUCUUUUCUUUGCUACCCGAGCAAAGGAAGUAACAAAUAAUGCUCAAGUGAACAUGGUUGUUUCGGAGAAGCAGCUUGUUAAACGUUUGCAAAAGGAAGUAGCUAGACUCGAGGCAGAGUUGCGCACUCCGGAUCCAUCUAACGAAAAGGAUUGGAAAAUUCAACAGAUGGAGAAGGAAAUCGAAGACCUGAAACGCCAAAGGGACCAUGCACAAUCUCAGGUGGAUGAGUUACGAAAAAAACUCCAAGAAGAUCAGCAGGUCUCAGGCCCACUUGAAUCACCCCAUCUCUCGGUCAAAAAGUGUCUCUCAUUCACUGGUGCAUUAUCAGUGCCAGGUGGUGGUGAUAGAGCAAGGAACACAGCAUUAAGGCAGUCCAUGAGGCAAUCUUCUACUGCCCCUUUUGCCCUCAUGCAUGAAAUCCGCAAACUUGAGCACCUCCAAGAGCAAUUAGGUGAAGAAGCUAAUCGAGCUUUGGAAGUAUUACAAAAGGAAGUGGCAUGUCACAGACUAGGUAAUCAAGAUGCAGCUGAGACUAUUGCAAAGCUGCAGGCAGAAAUAAGGGAAAUGCAGUCAGCCAAGCCAAUGUCUAAGGAUGUUGAAGUUGGAAGCAUGGUUGCUAUUGAUAAAAGUGUUAGUGCGAACCUCAAGGAAGAGAUUACUAGACUUCAUUCACAGGGCAGCACCAUUGCAAAUCUUGAGCAGCAGCUUGAGAAUGUUCAAAGGUCUAUAGACAAGUUGGUGAUGUCUCUCCCCAGCAACCAUCAGCAGUUAAAUGACGAAGCACACUUAAAGAACAAAAAAGAACACAAAAGGAAAAAGUUGAUUCCUUUGGCUUCAAGUAAUGCGGCCAAUCGACAAAACUUCUUACGGUCUCCCUGCUCACCAUUAUCAACUACUCAACAGGUUUUGGAAUCUGAUAUUGAAAACAAGGCUCCUGAGAAUGAUGAUAAUGUUACUAGUGAGAUUCUGCCAGAGUCCGAAAAGGAGACUCCAUCAAAGAGUGAAGACGGGGAUGUUUCAUCAAAGGAAAAUAAUUCGGGUUAUCGACGCUCCAGUUCAGUUAACAUGAAGAAAAUGCAGAAAAUGUUUCAGAAUGCUGCAGAAGAGAAUGUAAGAAGUAUAAGAGCGUAUGUAACAGAAUUGAAAGAACGUGUGGCCAAACUGCAAUAUCAAAAGCAAUUACUCGUUUGUCAGGUGCUUGAGCUUGAAGCAAAUGAAGCAAAUGGCCACGAUAUCGAAAAUGAAGAGAACUUCUGUGAAUCAGAAGAACCACAAGUUUCAUGGCAAGUACUAUUUAAAGAGCAACGGCAGCAGAUCAUUGACUUAUGGGACCUAUGUUAUGUCUCCAUAAUUCAUAGGACGCAGUUUUACUUAUUAUUCAAGGGAGACCCAGCUGAUCAAAUAUACCUGGAAGUGGAACUAAGGCGGUUGACUUGGUUGCAACAGCACCUUGCACAACUUGGCGAUGCGAGCCCAGCUCACUUUGGGGAUGAGCCUACCAUCUCUCUGUCAUCAAGUAUUAGGGCCUUGAGACGAGAAAGAGAAUUUCUUGCCAAGAGAUUGACCUCACGCUUGACAGCAGAGGAGAGGGAUGCGUUAUAUAUUAAAUGGGAUGUCCCUCUUGAUGGGAAGCAAAGGAAGAUACAAUUUGUUAACAAGCUCUGGACUAAUCCCCAGGAUCCCAAGCAUAUACAUGAGAGUGCUCAAAUAGUUGCAAAGCUUGUAGGUUUCUGUGAAGGAGGCAACAUGUCAAAGGAGAUGUUUGAGCUGAAUUUUGUGCUGCCAUCUGAUAAGAGGCCAUGGCUCAUGGGCUGGAAUAAUAUAACAAACCUUCUUAACUUGUAGGAAUCGUGUCUGUUAAGUUCCAUUAAAUGCUUGUACAUGAAAAAGAAUUUCUGCCUUUUAUAUUUAUGUAUAAUUUUAUUCAGCUUAAUUCAAAAUGAUUGUUUUGAACAAUUGUUUUCCUUAAUAAACUAAUCCAUUCCAUUUGGAUUCCAAU